AUGCAAGCUGUGAAGUGCCCAGACAGCACCCUGACGUACACAAACUACCUGGCUGUCAGCAGCAGCGACUUUGAAAAGAGCGUCCGCUUUGUCCGGGUCAACGAGCAGUACAUCUUCAACAUUCUGCCAAUUCCGGGUUUGCCCUCGGGCAAAAUCGGGCCCACCAAAAUCCAGAGAGAGUGGGGCCAGUUUUCGAUCAACCAGGAGGUUGUUGUCGAGGCCAUGGGCGAUUCAGUUGUGGACUCGAAUUCAAACGUCUUUCUCAGCCGCAUGGACGUAGAGGUCUCAUUUCUGACCCCCAGCCAGGAGUCGGCGCUGAUAGUCGAUGCCGACGAGGUCGCCGAGCUGCUUAAAAACAACUUUGAGAAGCAGCUCUUUACCCGCGGCCAGCCGUUUGUCUUUGACUUUCGCGGAAACAAUCUGAAGGGCGUGGUGACUGGGAUGGCCGCCGUGCCUCUGGAUGUGUUGCGCGACAUUAAGCCGGGCGGCAGCGCCGGUGAUCCCCUUAUUGCGGACUCUGCGCUUUAUGGCGUUCUAUCGGCCAUUACGACGAUUUCUGUGACCAAGGGCCAGGGCUCGCUCAUCAACCUCAAAGGUUCUGCGGUCAGCCGCAAGGCCAACAAGAUCAUCCAGCCCGACUUCAACUUUGAGGACCUGGGAAUCGGCGGCCUUGACAAAGAAUUCAGCACCAUCUUUAGGCGCGCGUUUGCAUCCCGCAUCUUUCCCCCUGACCUGGUGGACAAGCUCGGAAUUCAGCACGCCAAGGGAAUUCUUUUGUACGGGCCGCCGGGCACGGGAAAGACACUGAUGGCCAGGCAGAUCGGCAAGAUGCUCAACUCAGUCGACCCUAUCAUCGUGUCGGGCCCUGAGAUUCUCAACAAAUUUGUUGGCCAGUCCGAGGAGAAUGUGCGCAAGCUCUUUGAGCCCGCUGAGAAGGAAUACCGUGAGAAGGGUGACGAGAGUCAGCUGCACAUUGUCAUUUUUGACGAGCUCGACGCCAUUUGCAAGCAGCGCGGAUCCAAGAACGACGGUACAGGCACGGGUGACACUGUGGUCAACCAGCUACUGGCCAAGAUGGACGGUGUUGAUCAGCUCAACAAUAUCCUUAUCAUCGGCAUGACGAACAGAAAAGAACUUAUUGAUGAUGCGCUGCUGCGCCCAGGCCGCCUGGAGAUCCACAUCGAGGUCGGUCUGCCCGAUGAGUCAGGCCGCCUGCAAAUUAUAAAGAUACACACUGCCAAGAUCCGCGAGAACAACAUUCUCGCCGACGACGUGGACCUUGCUGAACUGGCGGCGCUGACCAAAAACUUUAGCGGUGCCGAGCUUGCCGGCGUGGUUAAGUCGGCCUCGUCGUUUGCGUUCAGCCGCCACAUUAAAGUGGGGAGCAUGGCAGAGCUCACGCAGGACAUUUCCGACAUGAAGAUCCGGCGCGAGGACUUUUUCAACGCGCUGGAUGAGUUCAAGCCGGCAUUUGGCGUGGCCUCUGAGGAGUUUGAGCAGUGCGCUGCCAGUGGCAUCAUUGAAUUCGCACCUAGCGUCGGGGAGCUGCUGCAGAAGGCGCAUCUGUUUGUCGAACAAGUCCACCAAAGCAGCCGCUCGCCGCUUGUCAGUAUUUUGUUGCACGGGCCAUCAGGAAGCGGCAAAACAGCGCUGGCCGCGACCAUUGCCCAGCGCAGCGGGUAUCCGUUCGUAAGGCUUGUGUCUCCCGAGAACAUGAUCGGCGCAUCGGAAAGCCAGCGCAUCUCUCAGAUCACAAAGAUAUUCAACGACUCGUACAAGUCACCUCUGAGUUUGAUUGUCAUCGACGAUAUUGAACGCCUCCUGGAGUGGGUCCCGAUUGGCCCGCGGUUCUCGAACGGCGUGCUGCAGACCCUGCUGGUUUUGAUCAAGAAGCAGCCGCCUAAGGGCCGCCGCCUGCUGAUUAUCGGGACAAGCAGCGAGCGCGAUGUGUUGACCCAGAUGGACAUGGCGUCGACUUUCUCCAGCGAAACUUUUGUCAGCAAUAUUUGCACGCUGGAUGCGAUGCAGAGUGUCGUCCGACACGUCUGUCUGUUUGACGACCAGAAAGAGCACGACCGUCUGUUUGCAAGCCUGGAGAGCCACUUUGACGGCCGGCCAUUCAGCAUUGGCAUCAAGAAGCUGCUGCUGCUGAUCGAGACUGCGCGCCAGGAUCCCGACAAGUAUGGAAGAUUCAUGGAGGAAUUUAUGAGCUGUGCUAGAACAAAUUCCCUUUUUUCUUUAAGCUUGUAA